AUGGAUGACAGCACAUUGCCUGUGAAUAAAUGGGAUGAGAGUGACGUCCAACGCUGGCUAGAAUCGACUGGAAUCAAGAAAGAGUAUGUAGAAAAACUACAUGCAAAAAAAUUAACAGGCCCACUGCUCCUGAAACUGGAUGAACCUUUCCUCAAAGGCAUUGGUAUGAAAGGGGCCCAAAUCCACAGGUUAAUCUGCAAGAUAAAGGACCUUAAGCAGCAACAGCAGAAGGCACAGCAAGACAAACCUUCCAGCAGCAAAGCCUCUGGCAGAGCUGAUGCACAAACGGAUGUGGUAAGACCCAGAAAUGCAUCUGCUCAAAAAACGUCCAGUGGAGACAGCUCUGGUGCAGCAGACAAAACUAACAGAGACAACAUAGCUUGUACUUCUGGCAAGAGGCAAAGUAGUAACUCCCAGCUUAAAAGUACUGAUGAAACCAUAGAGCUCAGCAACCAUCGACCAUUCAGAAGUCAGAAUACUGAUUUCAAGUAUGUGAAAGGCAGAGUUCUUGCUCCAGAAUCAGGAGUCAACAAUUUGAUCACUCCUUGUCAUGAAUACAAAUCUUUUGCCACUGCUGCAGAGCUGACCAGAGAACGGCUGCAAUCAAAAUUUGCCUGUGAAGUGUUAAGAUUUGCUUCAGCCUGCAUGAACAUUCGAACAAAUGGUACCAUACAUUUUGGUAUCAUGGACAGUGUUGAGGACAAGGGCUGGAAACACGGAGAGAUCGUUGGCAUAAAGGUCAAAGAGCGAGAACACUACACUGAUGCAUUAGAUUAUAUAGAGAAAUGCUUUCCAGAAGAGGUACAAGAAAUUGCAAGGAGAUGUAUUCACCCACCUGUUUUUGUUGAAGUGAUUUCCAAAGACUCUCAGGAACAAAGAUUCGUGGUGGAGGUUGACAUUGAACCAACAUCCAGUUUAGUAAACAACCAAUUGUUUGAAGUGCGUUUGCCAAAGUAUAAUGAAGACAACCAGAAGGUGAACCUCACAAAAGACCCAGUUCUCUAUCAGAGACUGGGAACAAAGUCUGAACCCGUAAAGCUCAAAGAUCUCACUACUUUUAUUAGGGGCUUACGAGACAGAGAUACUCAAAGAGAAAACGCUGAGCUCUCCAGUGCCCAAGUACAUACAGAAAUACCUCAAAAUUUAGGAAGGAAGUUAUCAAUUCUACUAAAUGAUGGCAAAAACUAUAUGGAUGAUUCCCUAUGGUACAUCCUUGUCACAAACAGAUGUGAAAAGGAUAAUUUGAACUGUAUCAACUUUUUAAUGCACUUGAACAUUUUCUGCGUCUUCGACUUUGAUGAAGAUUCUUAUGUGUCAGGGUUGUACAGCAAGUACAAAGAACUCCAUACAACAAGGUCCUAUUUUUUACAGGACUUUUCCAAUGAAGGUAAGACUGGCAACCCUUGUGCUCAGAAACAUCUGUGCCUGUUUGAUCAGGCUAGCUGGAUAUUCUGCAAUGGGCGCAGUGACUUCCAUGGAGAUGAAAAACCUUGUGAUGAAAAUACAUGGAUUAGAAUAAAAAAAAAAUACCUUAAGAAAGCAAUUACUCGAAUCUGUGAUGAAAUCCUGCCACAGAGGUCUUUCAUCGUGCUUUUCCUACUGCUGUCUCCAGUCCAGAAGCCCCUUGUGGAUGCUUUUCAUGAAUUCUAUGCAGAGAUGAAUGGCACAGAGUACAUCGUUUGCAUUGCAGAGUCCAGAGAAAAUUAUGAGAAGUGGGCUCAUCUAGCCCAGGCAUCCUGCAGCAUCGAGACACUAGAGCAAUGCAGCAUCGUGGGUAUGAAACUAAGUCACAUAGAUGCCACCAUUCAAGCAAUGCUGCCUUCUACAGCACAACCCAGACAUCUACCAGUUUCCACCAGAGGGCUGUGCACACUUCCCUUGCUGGAAGAAGAGAAAAUGUUUUCCCUAGAAAUCCUUUGUUCUGACCAGUGUGAUGACAUCAAAAUAGAUCUUUUAACGGAAAAAGAAAUACAAGAAAUAGAACAAAAUUUUUACAGAGGGAGAAAAAUAAUCUGGAAAAACUUCUGGCUGGCUGAUAAAAGACACUGUGGAGAAAUCAUUGAACGUGAAGCAUGUGAGGAUGCAAGCAAACUCCUGGGUGAUAUUUUACGAGGAAGCAGACUCAACUAUUCUGUGGCUAAGCUGAAGAUAUUUCACCACCCUGGAAGCGGUGGAAGCACAAUAGCACGGCAGGUUCUAUGGAAAAGAAGAAAGGACUUAAGAUGUGCUGUUAUCAAAACCUCAUAUUCACCUUCAACUGUCUGUGAACAUGCACUUGCAUUUAGAGAUUACGAAGAAAAAGAUACCAGUCACUGUCUUCCUGUGCUCCUCCUGAUCGAAGAUUAUGAUGAAGACUACUUAGAAGAACUAAGGAAUGAGUUAAUGGAUGCUGUAGGAACUAGGAAAAUUAAUUCCCCCAGACCUUACUUCAUCCUCAUGUGCUGUAGACGAUCCAAUGACCCUGAAAGACUUUGCAAGGCUUCUCCACUGGACACAGUUGCUGUCACUCACAAGCUGACGGACUCAGAGAAAAGUCUGUUCAAAGCUAAACUUGAAAAACUGAGGCAGAAGGAUGUCAAGCCAGAGUUCAUACUUACAUUUGUCCUGAUGUGCGAAGAGUUCAAUGAAGCAUACGUGAGAAACUUUGUAGAGCACAUACUGCAAGGCAUAGACCGUCAUUCUCGUGAUACAUAUUUGAUACGUUAUGUGGCUUUGCUCAAUUUUUAUGUACCUAACUCUUAUGUUUCACUGUCACACUGUGAGGCUUUUCUGGGACUGGGGUUACAUACAGCAAUGACAUCAAGAGCAUAUAAUUUCAAACGUCUCUUGAGUGAACAAGCAAGAAUGAUUUUUAUUGAGCGAAGGGAAAGUACUACCAAUAUUUCAUAUGUUCAGAUAAUACACUGUCUGGUUGCAAAAGAAAUUCUGCAUCAGCUUUCAGGGAACGAACCUCAAAGUCAACUUGCAAUGACACUUCUUCAGGAAAAGACACUCUUUGAAAACAGAUUUGUACGAGGGGAAUUCAUAAAGUUCAUCAGAGAUCUUUUUAUUAGACGUGAGAAAAGAAGCAGGGGUGACAAAACUGAUACUCUUUUCUCCCCAUUCAUUGAACACAUCUGUCAAGUUGAAGACUGUGAAAAAGCUAUAGCUGUUUUAAAAGCUGCAUAUGAGCUCCUUGGAAAAGAUCCUUUUUUUGCCCAGCAGCUUGCCAGGCUGCAUUACAACAAUGAAAAAUUUAAAGAUGCAGAAUAUUGGGCAGGGGUUGCAAAAUUUCAUUUGCCAAAUGAUUCUUAUAUUUUAGACACAGAAGGUCAAGUCUAUAGGAGAUGGUUUAGUUUUGUUCUGGAUAAAAAGACAGAGGAGGACACUCCUGAAAGCAUCAUUGAAAAGAUCGAGAUGGCUCUUAAAGCUAUGAAAUGCUUCAAGGCUGCACAAUGGGCUGCAAAAGCAGAACGUGACAGUAUGAACAAUGCUGGCUAUUUUGGAGAAGUUGAAGUAGGAUGUCGUCUACUUAAAUUUUUGUCCACAGUCCAAGUAUUUCGCAGAACGCCAGAGGGGGAAAAUUCUGAGCUUGUGAAAUACCUGAUCACAGAUUACAUUCCUAAAGACAUCGAAAAGCCAUGGGGAAGGCUUCACUCACGCUUAAAAGGCUUACGCCAGAACCUGUAUGAAGCUCUAGAAUGGAUUUCUGAAGACCUAAGUUAUUUCCAAACUGAUAAAGACCAUGAGAAGGAAGAAGAUGAUGAAAAAAAUGAAAAGGAAGAACAAAUUCAUAAUCCUAGAAAAUGGCUAAAAAGACAGUCUGAGGUAUAUGCCAAAUUCUUCAUCUCAACAUCACUGACCGAGGAUAGCAACGGUGGCCCUGAGAGCCAGCUAAUGAGACGCAUGCAUAUUUAUAGCAGUGGUGGAGGUAGUGUCACCAAUAUCCUGUCAUUCUUAACAGAUAAGAAAGAGAAAAGAUCAGCUGAAAAGCUAGAAAGGAUCCUUGGUUUCUACCCAGAAAACCCACGCAGCCUUGAGGACAAUGAUCUGAUCAAUUAUAUUUUGUGCCACAUCACAUUAGCAUGCUUAGCACCAGGAUCGGCCAAACUUUGUCCAAUGCAAACUCUUCGUAAUCUCAGUGCAAGAUUCUUUAAAGGAAAAAGACCAUUUCCAGCAAGUGCCUUUUUUUUGCUCACUUUGUUGUACUGGCCAGAUGAGGCAUUAGACAAGGAGCCUCAUCCAGAUAAAGACGAAAUUCUAAACACAGCCCUUCAAACCCUGAAACGUUUAUAUGACAUCAAGAUGAAAGAUGUUCCUACCAGAAAGAAAAGAAUCUACACUCACUUCUUUCUGGGAAAGGGUUAUGGCUUAGGUAAGAUUGUGCACAAAACUAAAAUUGAGAAAUUAAUUAGUGGGUCCUUAGACGAGAGGAGAAUGAAGUGGCUACAUGGAACUGUGUGGAAUAUUGCCAGUAUUCGUGACAUACUCAAAAGAGUUUCUGGUUGGACCAAGGACAGAAAAUUAUAUAUACGUGGUCAUGUGAAGGAGUUUCCUAUCUUGCCACUCCAUCUUGAUUCACUGCCUCCUGGAAAUGAAAAUGUGACCUUUUAUUUGGGCUUUUCAUUUAAUGGACUUGUUGCUUUCAAUAUUGAGGUUGAAAAUGACCCAAUUGUCAGCAGAAUACACAGCACUUAG